ACAUCACGUCCCUUUCACACUUCAACUCAGCCUCCAGCCUCCCGCUAAUGGAAUACUGCGCUCCGAACGACUAAAGCCCGUUCUCAGCGUCAUCAGCCCUAAUUAGUAUCCCCAUCAAUUCGGUUAUCUGGCUCUUUUUCGCAUAUAUUGUCGUUUAACACCCAUGCCUACCCCUAUCGUCGUGGUUUGACAAACUCUCCUCAAGCAUCGCAACCAUGGAGCCGCCUUCGAACUCCAAUUCUAGCAUCAAAUCGGCGAUCCCCUCACUCCCCGCCCCAGUUACCACACAACUCCAGGCCCCGCCAUCGCCGCGGACUCAUCGCGCCCUUCGACGACUUCAAUCCGCGCACACUCUUGGAGCCCGCGCACGCGAGCAAGGCACGCCCUCACUCAUCUCUCAGCAGCGCCACCGCGACACCCAGCGCAAUGCUUCACCUACAAGACCGUCACAAGCGCCUCCUGCUGCUUCAGGCACACCCAGCUUCUCCCAGAAUAUCAAUCGCUCACCUCAGCGCGGGCGCGCUAAUAGCGAUGCCACCCCGCCACUUAUUCACCAGAUGAAUGUUGUCACAGCCAGCAAGCGUGCUGGGAGUAAGAAACCCGUAUUCUCGCAUGGCCAUCUGCCUCUUCAUCAGAUUAUCCGCGAAGGCCCAACGGAUGGUGAUUUCUUGGGCGCUUUGGAGAGCGCACGGUGGAAGGUUAUUGAUGAAGGUGUCAAGAGUGCUGAGGAUGGCAUGUCAACAUUGAGAAUAUACGUCUGGCUCGUCCUCCUGGACGCUCCUAUCCUGUCGACCGAUGACUACCUCGCCCUCAUCCACCGAGGAGCCUCUCCGGCUUACUCCAAGAUCCGCAACGACACUUUCCGCACACUUACGACCGACCCUCUCUUCCGUCGCCGUGUCAGCGAGGCUAGUCUGAUUCGUUUACUUAACGCCAUUGCAUGGAAGUUACACGAUGCGCGUGAGGAACAACGCCAAAGCCGCCCUAGUAGCAGCCGAGCUUCACUCCCUGGCGGUAGUAGCGUCUCCGGUCGUUCUCAGUCAGGCACAAGCACGUCAUCACCAACUGCUCGCAGUCGCGCGCGGGCCUUAACACUUACGACCGAGGGUUCUGAAUCCGGCGCAGGCGCUGCGACUCUAGAACCCGGCACCUACGUUCAGGGUAUGAACGUUCUGGCAGCACCAUUUCUUUACGCAGCUCGCAGCGAAGCGGAAGCAUUCGUUGCGUUCCACUCCCUGUUGACUCGAGAAUGCCCGGGGUAUAUUCGCGGUGCCAUGGACGGCGUUCAUCGUGGCCUUGCUCUGGUUGAUAAGGUCCUUGCCAUUGUUGAUCCCAAACUAAGCAUGUACCUUACUGCGAAGGGUCUUUCGGCUGAGAUCUAUGCUUUCCCUUCCGUUUUGACGCUGUGUGCAUGUACACCACCGCUUCCUGAGGUUUUACGGCUUUGGGACUUCUUGUUCGCCUAUGGUCCUCAUCUUAAUAUCGUCUGCAUUGUCGCGCAGCUUACAAUUAUGCGGACUCAAAUUCUUCAGUCACCCAGCCCAAAUAAGGUCUUAAGAUCCUUCCCCCAGCUUAACGCUGAUCUCGUCAAAUCCGUCACCAUUGGCAUUAUCAAGAAGAUACCCGACGAUGUUUAUGCUGAGAUCGUUUCUCACGCUCUUUAAAUAUGGGGCAUCCUUUGUAUUUCUGGAUUGACUUACAAGCGCUGUGGCCACUCCGGGUGAUACAGGGGCACAACAUGACUGAGCAGGGGUCUGGUCGCGAAACUCCUAAACUGACGUGCAUACUGCCACGCAGAUGGAAAGUUUAUUUCGAACCACUCGUCCGUUACCCAGCGGCUUAUAAAGAUGUUUCAGGGUCUCGCAACAAACACUCUAAUCCUGGCCGAUAUUGCCAAACUCAAUUGUAAACAACCGGCAAGCGGGAAAGGGGAUUGUACCCAAAAGUGGGUUUUGGUUUAUGUUUUUUUAUGAUUAUUGAAACGCGUUAUGAUGGGACGAUGGAUGGUACUUUAAUGAUGCUCGAUAUGAGCUUGAGCGGGUUUCAACGGGUACUAGAGGGUUCCGACAGAGACGGAUGCUCUAGG